CUACGGCAGCGCCUCGCACUGCGCCUGCGCGGGAGAGAGGGGCCCGGCACCGGCUCCGUACCGGUGUCCCUCACACAGGGCUCGGGAAGUACACACUGAGACAAUUCAGUAGCUAUGAUAAAAGGCAAGAAGAAAGAUGGCAAGAAGAAAGAUGCUAAGAAAGAUGGUAAGAAGUCAGCUGCUGAGAAGUCAGAAGAAUCUCUAGGUACCCCAACUGAUAGCAGCUUAACAACUCUGGGAGAUUUGCCAAGUGACUCAUUGGGUGAAGAAACUCCAGCAAUUCCAGAGGCACCAGAUGAAGAGCCAGUGGCAGAGGAGCCACCAGUCCCGCCUGUUCCCCUGUUCCACGAAGAGCCUCUUCUUGCUCAAGUGAUUGUUGAAAGCUAUGAAGGUGAACAAGUUAAUGAAUUCUAUGAGGGCGAAGGAUUUAUAUGUUUUGAGGGAGGAAAUACAUACAAGGGUCUGUUUUCCAAAGGGCGUAUGAAUGGAGAAGGGACUUACACAUGGGCUGAUGGAGUGAAGUAUGAGGGAACAUUUGUUAAGAAUGUGCCCACGCAUUGUGGCCGUUAUACCUGGAGUGAUGGCACUGUUUAUGAAGGAUCAAUCCAAGAUGGACUUAGGCAUGGAUAUGGAGUUUUCAGGAGUGGUACUCAUCCCAUUUUUUACGCUGGUUUUUGGUGCAAUGGCAAAAGACAUGGAAAGGGUAAAAUUUAUUAUGAUCAGGAACAGACCUCCUGGUAUGCAGGUGAUUGGGUAAACAAUGUCAGAGAAGGAUGGGGAUUCAGACGCUACAGAUCUGGAAAUACAUAUUUUGGUCAGUGGAAGCAAAAUCUACGACAUGGACAUGGAAAAAUGAUAUGGCUGGCAGAUAACCAAGAGUAUGAAGGAGAGUGGGAGUGUGGCCUGCAGCACGGUUCUGGCAUGCACACAUGGUUUUUUAAGAGAAUGGACUUGUCUAAGUAUUCUCUGUGGAAUGAAUAUGCGGGGAAUUUUGUGAGAGGGGAGCGCCAUGGCCAUGGGACAUUUCUUUAUUCUGAUGGAACAAUGUACAGUGGAGAAUGGGCACAUAACAAGAAGCAUGGCAAGGGCAUCUUUGUCUUCAAGAGUGGUGUUUGUUUGGAAGGAGAGUUUGAGAAUGAUCGUGCUGUGGAAAGGCCUCCUCGUCAAGGCUCUGCUGUGAAGGCCAAGAACCGGAGAGCCACCAGCCCAAGAAAGAAUUUUGGCACUAAAAGGACCGCAGUCGUUAAUGCCUUGGGAAAGAUUUCUGUUCUGGGAUCAGAUCUUGAUUUGGAUGUAUCAUCACUGCUUGCCUUCUUCCCAAGGGAAGACAGAGAGAAUGAAUCACAAAAAGUAGAACUGGCUGUGUUGAGGCAUAUUUCAAAAUUGAGAAGAGCCUACUACUUCUACUGUACCUUGGGCUGUACUUCUUGUGACAACACUUGCAACAUGACUAUGCUGCAGUUUUGGAGGUUUCUGAAGGACUGCAAUUUUCAUCUCUGCUCCGUGACUCUGGCUGAAAUAGAUCGAGUGUUGAGAGGUGAUCAAUCGCCUAAGGACAUCCAUGAUCCAAGUGAUAUAGUACUGUUCAGAACAUUUGUAUGCUACCUUGUUCACCUGGCAUUUCAUAUCUAUCAUGAAAAGUGCAAAGAUGAAGUUCCUCAUCUGCAGAAGUGUUUCUUAGAAAUGAUGUCCAGGAAUGUUCUGCCCUCUGCCUGUUGUGUCCAAGGUAUCUUAUAUUCUGGUGGAGAAUUCUCAGCUUUUGCCAUGAACUACCUUGAGAAAUGCUGGGAAAUAUAUGGAGAUUUUUGUAGACAAUGUCCCACACCUCCAUUUGACUCCACAGUGAAGCUGAGGCAAUUCCUCUGGAUGUUGGAUGAUUUUAAACUUCUCAGUGAACAAUUAACUGCUCCAAUAGUUCUGGAAAUACUUGUCAAAGUUGGUGCCUCUGUACCUGACAUCUAUGGUGUCAACCUGGAGCUGGAGAUGGUUUUUCUGGAAUUUUUUGAAUCUCUUCUUGAAUGUGCAUUGGUGUAUGUUACUGAGGAUAUGGUCCUGAAGAAAGAAGCUGAAGAUAAUAAGAAAAGAAGUAGCUUUGAAAUCAAGGAGGUCCCCAAUGAAACCUCAGCUGUGUCUCUCACAGAACAGGCUCCACCCCAGCCACAGAGACCUGGUGAAGACACAGAGCCUGCUCCUCAACCUUCUCUGCUGGAAACUCUUCUUUCAUUUCCUGUAACUCCUGGAGAAAGCAAAGAUGAUGGGUCAAUGCCAAACAAGGAUGUAAAAGAAGAAGAUUCCUAUCCAGAAAAGGAAUUGAUAGAUGAACCAAAAGAAGAUAAAGAUGAACAAAAGGAGCUGUGCAGUUUCUGGAUGUGUCAGGUGGAAAUCUUUUUCACAACUAAGUUGUUCCCUGCUUUUGAGCGUGAAAUAGUGCUGAGAGAUAAAAUAAAAGAAAAAAAACCCCAAGAUGCUGAAUUAGCUGAGCUGAGAAAGAUCCAGGCUGAGGAGCUGAAAAGACUUAUUGCUGAAAAAGAAGAAGAAGAAGAGGCAAGAAAGCAAGAAGCAAUUGCUUUACAGGAGAGUGUCAGGCUCAGUGAAGAAGCCUCAUCAUCUUGGGAGACACUGCUCUACUGGAGAAAUCUCCAGCUGAAAAAAGAGGUCUCCAAGAGAGAACCCUCACCAACAAAAAGCUCACGAGGCAGUGAGGCUAAGGCAGCACCCACAGCUACCAAGGCAACUGCUGACAGAAAGAAAAAGAAAUAAAUCCUCUGCUGGGAACUGCUGAAGCUUCAAGCAAGUCCUCUUCCAAUAAGGAAAAAAAAAAAAAAAACAAAACCAAACCAAAACAGCCCCAGAAGACCCACAGUUGUAGGAAGCUGUAAGAAUGGCUCAACUGUGUGCACAAGACUUGCUGCUUUCAGAGGAGCAGCCUUUUACACCAGUUUUGGGUAAACUAGCAGGAAAUUACACAAUGCAAAUGAACACAGAUGCUUCUAAA